AUGCUGACCAUUUCAAUUUGUUUUAGAUUAGAAUGGAAGAUAACUUAUGUGGGAUCUGCUGAGGAUGAGACUUAUGACCAACUCCUAGAAAGUGUGUUUGUUGGACCUGUAUCGUUUUGUGCUUCAGAGACUUAUGCUGAAACCACUUUGCAGGCUGAUCCUCCUGAACCAUCCAAAAUUCGUGAAGAAGAUAUUAUUGGUGUCACAGUAUUGCUAUUAACAUGCUCUUAUGCGGGGCAAGAAUUUAUUCGAGUAGGAUAUUAUGUGAACAAUGAUUACGAUGAUGAACAAUUAAAAGAGGAACCACCUCAGAAAGUUUUGCUUGAUAGGGUCCAGGGGAAUAUUUUGGCUGAUAAACCCCGAGUCACGAAAUUCCACAUUAAUUUCCAUCCAGAAAACAAUGACAAUGGACAACCUACCUCUCCUGACCAUGACAAUGGAGAACAGGCUCCUGCCUCUCCUGACCAUGCCGCAGAAGUCAAUUUGCAAGGAGAAGAACCAAAUGCUUCACCCAAUAAAUGUAAUGUGCAGUGUCCUCAAACCUGA